CCGCCGCCGAGCGCCAGCCCGUCCCGCUCGCUUCCCGCCCGCCGCGCCGGGCGCGGGUCGCUGUCCCGGCGGCCGCUGCGGGGCCGCCCGGAGGGGCCGCCCCUCCCGCCCCCCGCGCGGCGGCGGCUGCUGCGGGCCGCUCCCGCCAUGACCCGGCCGCUCCGCGUGGGCGUGCCGGCGCCGGGCCUACCCGUCACCCGCUCCCGGCGCCAUUUUACGCCGGCGGCCGCGGCUGGAGGGACGGCCCAAGACUUCAGAAACCAGACCAUUACAGAGUUCUUCAAACCAGUUUUAAACCAAGACUUUGGCCAUAAAGACAGAACUGUGUUGUGCUCACCUGACAGAGGAAAUGUAGAAGAUGCAGGAACUGGACUGUCAGUUUUUUGUGGUGAAUGUUUUGAAAGGAAAAUAUCUUCUCCAAAGGUCAGAAGAAAAAAGAUGCCAGACCGAACACCAGACACCAGUUGUGUGGUAGAUGCCUUUCAGAGAAGAAUUAAGGAGAAAAAGGACAGUGCACAUGUUUUAGAGAAUGGCAGAGUGUGCAAGGCACUGAGUUCAUUGUACCCAAAAGUUGUGAUUAAAAAACUGCUUACUACCCCUGAGUCUCACCGCUGUUUCUUGGCCAAAAAGGAUAAAACUAUCAAGUCAGAACAGGGAAGAAAUGAGCAGUGUCUGGGUGUAACAAGAGCACCACUGUCUUGUGGAAAUAACUGGGAACAGAAAACUGACUAUAUGGAUCUAGAAGACACUAGUUCAGACUCUGACAAAUGGGUUUCAUCAUCAGAACCUGAUACUCAAAAAGCCUGUACUAGAAAUAAUGGCACUGUGAACAACGCGUCUCCAAGCCAAAACCCAGGUCUUCCUCGGAAAUUGCCCUGUGCUUCAACUGACUCUGAAUUUAGGUUGUCCCGGGAAGCUCUCCGCAGGGAAAGGAAGCGGAAGAAGCACAGAAUGAAGCAAUCUAAGCCACGUCCUGUAAAGCCAUUCUCAGGAACAAGUAUAUUACAUCAGGGAAAUGGAUGUCCUUUAAGAAAAAUACCACAUUCUGGUACAAGGGAGACUGCCUCAGAUGACACAUCUCAACCAAAGCAGGCUUCAAAACAUGAGGCAACAUCUCCAAAUGCAGUGAGAACAUCAUCUGAGGUGGUCACUGGUAUGUGGAAGAGCCAGUCUGUUCCUUCACACUGCCUUACAUCUAAGAUGUCUUCUGGGCUAUCCAAACAAAUAGACUUUCCUGGGAAAAGAAAAUGCACUGCCAUGAAUGUGGAUGCUGACAGUUCAAAUCAAUCUGAAGUGUCAAGUUUGAGUGACCCUGCUUUUAGUAGAUCAUCUGCAAAAAGCAAAAACAGGAGGUCUGAGUUUGUAAAAAAUAUCCAUUUAAAGUCUACUUGUAAUGAUGUUCUGCAACUGAUGGAGGCUGCAGCUCUACCUGGACAUGAUUCUGCUCUUCCAGAUGAAUGCCUCAAGUCAAGUGAUGAAAAUGAGAAAAAAAAUUGCUCCUCUGCAGGUUUGUCAUCUUCAUGUUCUGCACGUAGUCCUGGUAAAAAUAACCACCUUUCUGUGGUGGAUACCAAAGAGAAUCAAUUGCAGGUGGCGAACUCACACUUUUUCUUGAAAAAGUCCCUUCCUUUUUCUCAGGAAAAAAGUACUGUGUUGCCUUCUCUACACCACUUAACACAAACAAAAAGUGUGGAAUCUUCCCUCCAGAAUGCUGGCUUAUCUCAGAUGUGCUAUGCUAAGAAGGAGCAAGAUGGGAAAAGACCAGAAAGAUGUGUGCUCAGUAAAGCUCACAGUUUUCAAUCCAGUGACAGGUUUUCAAAAAAAAAAGACAAGACUUCAGAAAAUGCUUCUGGUUCUUGUUCAGUGAAAAGUUCUGGGAAACGUGCACUCUCAAAAGAGCCUGGUAAAAGUGUUCCCUGUUUGUUAUCUUUUCAAGAAGGGAGCAUGGAGAGCAGCCGUGUGUCUUCACAACUCUUAGGAGAGUUAGAAGUUGAAAGCACCUGUACAGACAAGUCCAAGUUGAAUGGAAAAUCAAAAAGCCCCUUUGAUAGUGAAGAUGAGAGUUUGUCAUGCGAUUUAGAUGAUGAUGAUGAUGAUGUAGUAUUCAUGCCACUGCAAGAAAUUCUCUCUUCAAGUCCCAAGCCACAGGUGGGACCUCUGGAAGAAUCUUGUCACAACAGUUUUUCUCAGGACACCAUGACUCCAUUACUGAACCUUCAUCUUUCUAAGCCUCCUGUUGUUAGCCAGGUGUCAUAUGUGAACAGCUUGGAAAAUCUCUUGAAGGAGAAAGAAGAAUCUAAAAGAGUAGAUGAACUAGAAAAACAGUUACAGGAAGACAUACAAGGAAGGGAAACUGAUUGUUCAGAUGGAGAUGAUGAGAAUGCUGGUGGAGAUGAAGAUCUCUCAGAAGAGCACAGGGCAUUUCUAAAGAGAUUUUCAGUAAUAUGUCAUGCCAUACCUGACUACCACCCUGGAGAAGAUAUAUUUGAGUUAUCCACCUCUGGGAAAAUCUUCAAUCAACAUAACCUUGACCUGAGGAAUUUUCACUUCAUCCCUCAAAAUCCUAUAGAAAAGCUCCUUCUUAGCUCUGGUGUAACACAACAGCUUUCUUUAGUUAUUAAUGGUUUUCUAAGUUCUGCUUACAGUUGUGUAUUGUGUCCUGUACCAGUUCUGAAGUGGCUUUUCCAGGUGAUGUCUGUUCAUCCUGACUAUUGUGUGUCAACCCAGAUUUUAGACAGAUUGAUGGAGAUAACACUGAAAAAUGCUUCCAUCAGUGAUGAACAGUCUAAACCCUGGAUUCCUUCACUAGCUGAUGUGUCAACUGUUGUUGUCAAUAUGGGUGUUGCAUUUAGAUCUCUCUUUCCAUUGCAGCAUCUGCAGCCCAGCUUUAACGAGUGUGAUAUUUUAAGUCAGAUGCAAGAAACAGUGAGUAAGCAACAGCCAAGAGAAGACCUUACCCCUGCUGGUCCAGCGUUCUCUAGUGUACCAGAAAACAAUUUAAUUAAUGUGGUUAAGUUUCUAGGCUUCUGUACAACAGUAAUUCAAGGUGGAUAUACUGAUCAAGAAAUACUGCUGCUGCUUCUAUUGCUGUUGAAAAUAAGCUUGGAGAAACAGUUAAAGCAGAUUCCUUUGAUAGACUUUCAGUGCCUUUUCAUAAAGCUUCUGAUAAGUAUAAAAGACUGGGAUGCAAAGAUGCCUGAGCUUUGCCUGGCAGUGAGUGAACUCUCCAGUCAUCACCAUAAUCUCCUGUGGCUGGUUCAGCUGGUGCCCAGCUGGAUAAUACGUGGACGGGAAGUAAGAAGACGUCUUAGCCUAGUGAUAAUUUCAAAGCUUCUUAAUAAGAAGCAUAUAGAAAUACCUGAUGACAGUGACAAACAGAUGUCUCUUCUACUUGAGUUUCUGGUGUACAUGAAACCUUCUAAUCUAGUAAGGAAGAUGAGUCAAGGACUGGAGCAGCAAAAUGCUGAUGAAGACCACCUUGAUACAGAGCUGGAACAGAAGGCAUACUACCUGAUCUACAUCCUGCUUCAUCUAGUCAGCGAAGCUAGUUUCUUCGAUAUUAUAAGUCCUAAUCAAAGGCAACACUUACUGAAGCUUUGUGGUGCCUUAGAUAAGCACAUAAAAUGUGAUAUUAGGGAAGAUGCAAGGCUGUUCUAUCGAACUAAGGUAAAGGAUGUAGUUGCUAGGAUAUAUGGCAAAUGGCAAGAUAUGAUACAAACCACUCGGCCUACUCAGGGAAAACUGCAUGACUUCUGGGAACCAGAUUCAUGAAAUCUUACCUAGUUCAGGGAAAGUAACAGAAAAGCUCUGAAACCAAGAAAGAUGUAGAAUGAAUGAAGCUUCAGCUUGGUUGGAACAGAAGAAAUCAGUCACCUGAGCUAGAACUUGAGCUUGAUUCAGGCAAAUACUAGAAACACAAAGAUCUACUUUGAUAAACAAACACUGCUUUUACUUUAAAUAUGCUACUUCUGAAAAAUAAAGCUAAACAACAAACCACAGCUAUUUCUAUAUCCCUGUCUGAGUUGGCUAGGAAUAUUUUAUCAUAUUGAAAGCUGAGGGCAGUUUUCUCAUUUCCAUUUUUAAUCACAAGACAUGUUUGAAAACUGUAUGUAUUCAUUGUCUUGAGAGCACACACCUCCAAGCAUUGUUUUACCCUGUGACGUGGAAUGUGAUUUUAGAAACAGUGUUAAACCUCCCUUGUCGUGAGCAGGUAAGGAAUCGGGUCAGAAUCAGGCUGAGUAACAGAAUUGCCUGCACGUGUUAUUCUGCAAAGCAGACUUGGCAUGGCCAUCAGUGUCUAAAAAAAUAAAAAAUACAGCAGUUGCUGUGAACAAGUGACUGCUCCUGUGUUCACUUGAGCCUGGAAAUGGAGGUUAAGAGUGGCUGUGCCCAAACAGGUUAAGUGGAUGCUUCUUUGCUCUGUGGUUGGGUUUUAUCAAAUAACAAAAUGGAAUUUGUUAUUACAAUGAUGCAUUCAUUUUAACUUGACUUCCUCAUCCUUUGACGUUAAUUUAUUUAUGCAGUGAAUGUGACUGCACAGGAAGUGUUUCUGUAAGACCAAGUUAUAACUGAGACUUAAUAUUUCAGUAGUAUUGUUGUACUACUCUUUAGGAUUAAACAAGCGUAUCAAUGUGUGUUAUCUGGCUUCAGCACUUUCUCUAAAUGGAGAAAAUACUAAUCCUAAAAUACCUGCUCAAUGGGAAUGUGAGGAGAUGAGGAUUUGGCCCCUGUUGUGUAAAAACAAUGGAAGCUGUAUGAGGUCUGAAGUCCUUUGUGUGAAGUCUUGCUGCACACAGUGUGUGUGCAAAGCCUCAGAUGCUGUUUGGGAAGUAACCAAAGGAAGAUGUGACCUCCUUUUUUUGUGCUCUCUGCAAAUGCCAUCAUUUAAAUCUUGUGGUUUGUCUGUAGGAUGUGUGUAUAUAUGAAGAGAAAGUCAGGGUGUUGGGUAGAAGCACCAACUAGGAUUCUCUUAACUGAGAUUUUUAAUAAUACCAACAUGCGUGUUUUGUCAUAGUUUCCUUUUAAUUUUUGUAGAUUAUCUUGUAUGAUAAAUUCCCUACAACUUUCCAAGAUGAGAAUGUAAAAUAAGGCUCAAAAAGCCCCAACUAACCUUCAAAUUUAAGUAUGUCUGUUACAUAUAAAAUAACUGCUAUAGAAUGGACACAUCUUACAGAGAAGGUAUUUUAUUUGGAAAUACAUAUUAAAUGUUUUGUCUUUCAUUUCAAGUGUUAGUUAGCCUAAGACUUGCAGCAUCUCUGUUCCCUUCACAGGAUAAUCAGCUUAUCUUUGUUUAAACAAAAGUUAUGACAUUGUUUGGGGAGGGGUGGGGGUGGAAGAAAAUCCUUUUUUUUUUUUUAAACCUCAACAUGUUAUUUAAGAAUUGGAAGAAUCUACCUCAAAGGGUAUCUUUGGCAAUAGAACUGCUGUAGGCUAAAAAAAAUAAAUGUAUGUGGUGUUAUAUAUGUAUGGCAAUGCCAUCCUUUGCUCUGCCUGUCUUAUAGUGUAUCAGCCUUCCCUCUGCUAGCAGUUGCUUGCUCAGUUUAAUAUAUUGUAUGUAAUUUUCUUAAUGUUUAUAUUUUUUCUCACUAAUGUUGUAUAAAGUCUGAAAAAGUUGCAGAAUGUUUACUUUAUGUAAUGUGUAUAUAUUUUCUUACCUUGUAAAGUUGAAGUUGCUGUCCUGUAUAUUUUGGAGAAGAAAAGGGGAGGGGUUUAGAUGAACAGCUUUUGUACUGCAGUUCAAAGCACAUUCAAACUGCUGAGGGUUUUUUCCAGAUUAAAUAACCACUUUGAUAUUUACUUUUAUUAAUUAGAACAAUGAAAAAAUAAAGCCAGACAUGCUUUUCUAAUUUAAUGUCCCUGGACAAAAUGGGCAUGCCUCAGCUCUGUUUGACAAAAAAAUGGCUGUGGGUCCUAUUUUGUUCUUGCAACACACGUAGUUCUUGGGUUCACAACUGAUCAGCUUACUAUAAAUGGAGAAGGCCUUGAAGUCAUUCUGAGCUCAGCCAGUCCUGUGUUUUCAUGCUUAAUGCCUGUGUGUACGUCCUGGCAUUCUCCUCCUCUCUUCCCCCUCCUGCUUUGUCUGGACUUUGCUUCCAUCUGUUUUGUAGCCAAGUAGUAAUUCCCCAGUUGCUUAAGUCUAGACGUGGAUUGAAUUGGAGCUCAUCAGCAUCCUUACAGAGAUGAUCCCAAAGCAUCGCUGAAGAGUCUUUACAAGGGGCUGCUGAGCUGAGCUCUGCUUCAGGGCUCUGGCAAAUGAAAUCACAAACCUGCUGCCGUUGUUUUGCCGACUCAUUUACUGGCCCCCAGCCAGAGGUUACGUGCAUUGGGAAAGGCUGUUUGCACAGUAAAAGUCUUAACUGCUUUGGUUGUCUUCAGAUAAGCAUUUUGCACUGAGGUUUAUCUUUUUUAUAUUAUGUUGGCUGUAUUAAGAGCCAUGUUAUCUCAUGUGAAAUUAGUUGCACUUUAUUGCAGUAGUAACAAAAAAUUAAAGGCUGACUAGAAAAUACA